AUGUCUCUAGCAGAUGAAGAAGCUAUUUUAGCCAGAACGAACCAUGAAAACACGGAUUCAAUAUCAAAAACCGGCCCAAAGAAGCGGUCUACGCAGCCCGAGUUGCCAUUCCGGGGUGUGCGUCGACGGAGUUGGGGCCGUUACGUCUCUGAGAUUCGCUUACCAAAGAAGAAGACCAGAAUCUGGCUUGGUUCGUUCGUGUCGGCCGAGAUGGCCGCACGCGCCUAUGAUUCGGCCGCCUUCUUCUUGAGAGGCAAAUUGGCCACACUCAACUUCCCUGAGUCGGCCGGUUCGCUGCCUCAACCGCUCUCGUCGUCACGAAGAGAUAUUCAGUUGGCCGCUGCGAGAGCUGCUCUCAACCCAGUAUCCAACGAGGACCAGAUAAAUCCGGUCCCACCUGGGUCUUGCUCUGGUUCGGAUUCAAAGUGGGAGCAAUGGUGGGGACAAGAUGAGGAACUAGUGAGCUUGUUUGGAGACGUGAAAGAGGCACCACUGCAUAGCCCGUUGAGGUUAGAAUUAGAUUCAAUGGUUUCAGAUUGCUUUUUGGGCGAAACUCUUGAUCCAAACGGGUUUCUCGUAUCCUCUCAUGAAGAGUGGUGAUUGAUGAAGUUAACUUACUAGAGUGCCCUCGUAGAAUGUUUAAUAUUACUCUUAUGUCCCUACUUGCUUGCACUGGUGACUCUGGACCUGAUUUUCAUGGGUUUGGGGACUUUUUUUUAUUAUCUUAUACCCUUUAUGCCCCUCUG